AUGUACCUGGACAUUCCCGGAGAACUGUACAUGCGCAUGCUGGAGUCCCUGGUCAUUCCCCUGGUGUCGUCGAGCGUCAUCGCCGCCCUCGGAAGCAUCGACAUCGUGCUCGCGGGACACAUCGGCGUGCUGUCGCUCCUCUACUUCCUCCUGGCCACAAACGAGGACGACAUUGUCAUCUCCAAGGAGUCCCGCUCCAACAUGUUGGGCAUCCUGUCCGUAUCCAUCCUGCUCGGAGCCGUCCUGUCCGUCACAGGGACCGAGUCCAACGCGCUGCUCAACAUCUUCAUCGGCCUCAGCAACGCCUCCGUCACCAUCUCGCAUCUCAUCGCCUGGUACUCCCCCGUAGGCAUCUUCUUCUUGGUGGCCACGCGCACCAGUCAGGUGCGGGACACGGGGAGGGUGUUCCGCUCCAUCUUCGAGUACGUGCUCACGGCGCUCGCCUGCCUGCUGCUGUACGGCCUGGUCUUCCUGCCGGCCCUGUACGCAGCCGUGACGCGCCGGAGCCUGCGCCGCUUCCUCAGGCUCACCACGUCGCCCAUGCUCAAGGCCGUGCGCUCGGCCUCAAGGGCCGUCUCCAUGCCGGAGACCAUCGACGUGCUGGAGGAGAUCGAGGAACUGGAGCCACGCAUCGUGCGCUUUGUGAUUCCCGUCGGCGCCAACGUGAGCAUGUCCGGCACCGCCGUGGUGGUCUCGGUAGCCGCCGUAUUCCUCGCAAAGUUUAACGGACUCGAGCUGGGACCGGAGGACAUGAUAGGCAUCGGGUGA